AAUAACUCUGCACACAGAGUAAGUACACCAAAGUGUAGAGAUGUUUCUGUUCAACGCUCCAUUAUAUUUCAAAAUAAGGAAGUAGAUUGUGAAAAUUAGAUUGCACUAGUUUUCCCAAUUUCACUUGACACAAUGAGGGGAUACAGCAGGGUCGUGCUAGCAAUACUGUCGCUGCAAAUAGUUGCGGCCGUCAAGGUGAAGGUAGUCAUGCAUUCUGAGCAAGAGGACUCCAAAUUAGAGGAGGACGAGCCUCGAACAGAACCGUGGCCGAAGAAGUCGUCUGCAGAUGUUACCAUGAUGCCAUUCUGGAAGAGUUCCAGAAAGCACGUCGAAGAGAAAAUAGAGUACGAAGAAGAACCUAAAACAACAGCGAAACCACGGCAAUUGCAUCCAAACGAAAUGAUUUUUCCGUUGAUUUACAAACAAAACCAUAUAAAUAGCAUGUUUAAAUUCGGAGAAAAUUGGUACACUUGGUCCACGGAAAAGAGGACAGACGGCUCUAAAGCUACAAACUAUUUUAUUUGUUUCGACGAGCCCAAACAUUGCGAUGAAAUAGGAUGGGAGCGCACAGAUGCGCCGCCGAAGUGCGCCUUCCAAAUCGAUUCGCUGAUGCCCGAUGACCGCGCGUGCACUAACACUUUCGGUGUCGAGCCUCACAACAACGGCGUUUGCGACGGGGGCGAACAGAUGAAGAUAACCGACAUAGUACGGUCUUGUGGGCCUCGUAUCCGCUCGCUGUGGCGCUUCACGCGCGUUGGCCGCCGGCCCGCCAACGCCGCCAAGCCCGCCGACGUCAACUCGCUGGUCUGCGAGGACGAAGAGGAGUGCUAUAUCACCGUAGAAUACAGAAUUCACCACGACAGAAUCACGUUCUCAUUGCACGAGCCGAGCCGCGGCCAGACGUUCAAGAGCGCACUGAAGCGAGACAUUCCCAGCGAAGAUGAAAACAAAGUCAUGACAACAGCCACAGAGGCCUCGAGGCCGCGAGUCAUACGCAAGCACAAAAAGCCCAAAGAAGAGGUCAUAAAGAAAAAAUUCCAUGUGAGGCCUAAAGUCAAGGCCACAGAAGGCAAAGGCCCCAUCAAGGAACGCAACGACUCCGGCUACGCCCGCAGACAAAUCAAAAACAAGAUUAAAAUAAGAGAAGACGUAUCCGAAGAUAUCUCCGAAUAGGUUAGCGACUAUCAGGGUAAAUCAUCUAUAUUGUUAGUUUUGUACAAAAAUAUAUAGGCAAAGUUACAUUGUUGACACGAAUUCGACUGGCGCCAUAUUUGGGUGUUAGUUCGGUAUCCGAAACAUCAUUUUUCAUAAAUAAAUAUUUACAAUAUAGUGUGUUUACCUGCGAAUAA